AUGGAUUAAGACUCAGAUAAUUCAGAAAUCUACAUUAUAGUGUUUGUAAUUAUAUUACUAGUUUUCAUGGGUAUUGCUUUAUUCAUUUAUAUUCGUAAAUAACAAUAAAACAGAAAUAAAAAACUUGAAGAGGAAAUUAAUAAAUUGCAAUAAUAUGUUAAUUCUUGUGAUCGUAAACAAGAAAGUCGAACAGAUAAUGUUAAUACCUAACCAUAAAUUUUAAGCUAAACCAAUUCUUUCACAAAAACUAAUCGGAUGUAUUAAUAGGAACAACCAGAUUAAAACAAAUAAACUGGUAAGAUGUUUCUUGAUCUUGAAAAAUCUGAAAGAGAAAUAAUUAAUUAGCAGUCUCCUCAUUCCCCAAAAUCCCCUCCAGAUGAAGAAGAAAAAAAACAAACAAUAGAGAGUGGAAGAAAAAAAGUGGUUGGAAUUAAAAAAAAAAACCUUUAAAUAGAAAUUCCUUAAGAUUGA